AAAGGGCUGAGGCUUCGGAGGCGGAAGCCUGUCGCUUCAAGCCCUCCCCGGAGUGGCGAGAGGCGGCGCUGGAGCAGCCCCACGCGGGCGGGCGGGUCAGGAAGCGGCGGCCGCUGUCCCGCCUCUGGGUGGCCUCCUUCCAAGCUCCGGUAUAAAGCGGCGGGCGCGGCCAGCUUCCCGUUGGCCCCAUGGAGGAGCGGCGGCAGCUGGGUGGCGGGGCGCACUGAGGACGCGCCAGGCCAUGGAUCUGGACGGCGUCUCGCCCGCCCGGGGCUUUCCCGGCUGGAGCGACCCGGGACCGUCCCGCCCGCGCCCGCAGAAGGAGCCCCGGGAGAGCGCGCCCUUCGAAAGCGGCUACCUGAGCCUGAACGUGGCGGCGCCCUGUUCUCGGGGCAGGACCCCGGAGGAGCAGCACGGCGCGCCCAGCCUGGCAGACCCCGAGCUGCAGAGCUGGCACGAGCAAGAGCGCGCCGAGAUGCAGCUGCGAGUGGACUUCUUUCGCAAGCUGGGCUACUCCGCCGAAGAGAUCUGGGUGGUCCUCCAGAAGCUGGGCUCGAACGCGGACACCAACACUGUCCUGGGGGAGCUGGUGAAGCACGGCGUGGCGGCGGGGGAGCGAGAUCCGGCCGACGCUGCACAGGAAGCCCCGGAGCCGCCGGUGCCUGCGCAGCACAGGAGCGUCCUGCCUGCCGUGCCUUUGGAGCGGAAGGAGGACGAGAACUUGCGGCCUGUCGUCAUAGAUGGAAGCAAUGUUGCCAUGAGCCACGGGGAUAAAGACGUCUUCUCUUGCCGAGGCAUUCUGCUAGCCGUGAACUGGUUCCUUGACCGAGGACACACGGAUAUCACGGUCUUUGUGCCAUCUUGGAGAAAGGAGCAGUCGAGGCCCGAAGUUCCAAUCUCAGAUCAGCACAUCCUGCGUGACCUUGAGAAGAAGAAGAUCCUUGUCUUCACGCCUUCACGCAGGGUGGGGGGCAAGCGAGUGGUCUGCUACGAUGACCGCUUCAUUGUGAAGCUGGCCUAUGAGUCAGACGGCAUUAUCGUGUCCAAUGACACCUACCGAGAUCUGCAGAUGGAGCGCCCGGAGUGGAAGAAGUUCAUUGAGGAGCGCUUGCUGAUGUAUUCCUUUGUCAGUGACAAGUUCAUGCCUCCCGAUGACCCACUAGGGCGACAUGGCCCCAGCCUGGACAACUUCCUGAGAAAGAAGCCGGUUCUGCCUGAACUCAGAAAGCAGCAGUGCCCCUAUGGCAAGAAAUGCACAUAUGGAAUCAAGUGCAGAUUCUACCACCCUGAGCGCCUCAACCACCUUCAGCGUUCCGUUGCUGAUGAGCUGCGAGCCAACGCAAGGCUGUCUCCCACCAGGAGUGCCGCCACCAAGGAAGAAGGACAUGGGCGGCGCCCUGUGCAGGCUGAAUUCUUGGGCUGCCUCGAGGGUGACAAGAUCACCUUGCUGAAAGCCUCCACAGAGAAGAAAAGCUGUGUCUCUAAAGCAAAGCAUGGGGAUGCACCACCACCCUUGCCCAAAGGCAGUACUAGCGCUGGGGCGACCCCUGUUGGUAGCAGCAGCAGCUACCGUCCUCCAGAGUGGGACCAGCCACCCGCACUCUCCCCCCACAUGGACUCCCUGUCCUAUAUGUCUCAGGACCACCUCGACUCUGGCAUUGGCUCCUUGGAGAACCAGCUGUCUGAGAUGUGGCCCAGCUCUUUGGCCUGCCACGGCAAGCAUUCCCACCCGGAGCACCUGGGGAUGACUGCCCACAGGGGACAGAGCUCAGCCUACCAUCUACCUCCCGGCCCUGAGUCCAGUAGCUACAGCCACUACCAGCCCCAUGGCUAUCCCAAACCCGUCUCGGCACCUGGCUCCAACGCCGGCUUCUUGCAAUACAGAACAGAUUUGUCGCACCCCAGAGCAGCUCACUCCUUUUCCAGUUACGGCGUGCCUCCUGACUCCGGCGCUUCUCUGAGCCCUGGGCGGAAGUAUUGGUCCGAGCCUUACCAGCCUCCCCCUGCAGCACCACAAGAUUUGGCCAGAGCUCCCCAGCUGACCUACAAUGACUCCUGCCAGUGGGCCUCAGCUGAUCGCUUUGCUGAAGAGCGUGCCAACGUGCAUGUUAAGCUGUGUGGGAUCUUCCACCCUCACCUAGUGGAUGCUGUCAUGAGCCGCUUCCCACAGAUGUUGGAUCCUCAGCAGCUGGCUGCCAAGAUCCUCACUUAUAAGUCUCAGAAUCCUCGAGUGUGAAGCUCUGGAGAGGCAGCAGAUCCUGAGGACGAGAAUCUCCUAAGGAAUGCCCAAGAUGGUUCUUGCCGCACCAAAGGCCACGGCAGAUGGCCACUUGUGAUGAGCAACUGCCCUGUUCUGCUCUGGUGUGCAUUGAUGAGGAGCCUGGGCCAUUGCCAAGGGAAUUCCCAGUCUGUCUGCAGGUUAGGAAGAAUAGAUCGGGCAUGCACCUGUGAAGGUCCCCUAAGGAAUGGAGUUGCUGGUUUUCUUGGGGCUUUCUGAAAUUCCACUUUUCAGCAUCCGCCUGCUGCAGUUACUGAAACAAGGUUGUAUGGGAAAGAUCAGCUAUGAACUGGCACCACCCUCACAACAGAGCAAAAGGGUUAAACUGGGAGAAGGGUGUCUGACCUUGUUUAAAAUGCUGGCUUCCUUAGGAAGUCACUGUCAACUGCAAAGUUUGGCUGGAUCUGGUAUAGUCUUUCUGGUAUAGUCUCACCAUGCACUGUAGAUGUCGGGUGGGCAUUCGAGGUUUGGAUCCGGGCUUCCUCUUUGUUUCCCAGUCCCGGCUUCUAAUGCCGAUGGCUGCGUUGAAGAGUUUGGAAGUGAAUGGAUGGUUUCUCUGUGAAAUAGCUGAAGAAAGCACAAAGGAGGCUUUGCAGAGGCAACAGAUUCCUUGCUUCUGGCUCUCAAGUCAUUCUUACCUGGCUGAAGCCUGCCAGACAACAUGCCUUUGGGCAGAGCACAAAAUUUGAAUCCAGCACAUACCAUUUCACAUUGCAAUAAUCUCAGCUUUCCUUUCAAGUUAAAAAAAAAGCAUCAGCUUCUAGCCCUGUAACUACAGAAUAACAAUUGUUUGAAAUAACGCUUGAAAGUGCCUUCUGAGACCUCCUCGCAUUCUCCCAAGAGCAGACACUCUCAGGGUUGUGGGGCUUUUAACACUCUGUAUAGCUUCUUUUCUUUCGUCACCACUAAUAACAACAAUUGAGUGCUGUGAAGUUGCAGCCAUCUCAGUGCGACCCCAUGAAGUUCCUCCUCGUGGGGUCUUCCAGGCAAGAGGUGAGCAAUGGUGGCUUGUUAUUGCCUGCCUCUGCACAGCAACUCCUGCCUUCCUCGGUGGUCUCCCGCCUGAGUACCAGGAGGCUGACGCUGCUUAGCUUCCAAGCUCUGGUGAGUUCAGGCUAUUCAGGCCACCCCUCCCCAUAACUAGCAUCAGUGUACAAAUUAUGCAAUGCAAGGCUGUCCAGUUUCUAACAUCUGUUCCAGUUGUGCUGAACGUCAGCAGCCAGAGUUUAAUUCAUUGUCUUCUCUGGAAGUUGUUCCUUGGAAUGUUCCUCUCUCUUCCUUAUAGGAAAUCUUCUUAGAAAUUUGCUUUUAGCUUCCAGCACAGCUGGAGAGAAGUGGGAAGAGUCAGAGGCGAAGCUAUGAGGGGGAAGGGUGUGUGCUGCACACUGGGCACAUGCCUGGGGAUGGAAAUUGCCCCCUCCCCCCACCCACUCUCACUUACCUUAGUUCAGCCUGAAAAAGUUCCCAAGGUCUUCUGGGAAGUGUAGUUCCCACCAGGGGGCUUUUUCAGCCUGAACUGAACAGGCUGCUUUUUAGCCUGAACUUGUUCAGGCUGAACUGGGGGGGGGGGGGGGGCAGAGUCCACCCUGGGCACAGUUUGGCCCAGUUGUACCUCUGGAAAGAGUGCUACAUCUAUGGCUGCAAAACCCUUUGGAAGGCACUCUCUGGAGCCCCCUCUCCAUUGUGUAGUUAGCAAAGCACAAUAAUGGGACUUUUGAACAGUAUCACAGGGAUACAAAUGCUUUUGCUGAAACUAAUUAGAGAGCAGGAAGCUGAGAUGGCCGCACAAGGGCUCUCAAUGCCUCUUUCAAACCCACUCCACUGAUAGACUUUCUCCUGUACUGUACAAAGAGGCCUUGCUAGUUAGAGGAGAAGCUGGAUUUAGUUCAUUCUUCUGUUGGCUUGGUCUUGAUGCCCAGUAUGUCAACAGUGGAGGAAACCUCCACAUUCAGAGACGGUAGGCCUCUGAAUCCCAGUGCCAGCAGUCAGCAUCAGGUGAAGGUCUCUGCCCUAUUGUUGGCCAUAGUGGCUGGUUGGCUACUGCUUGAGAAAGGAUGCUGGGUUAGAUGGGCCACUGCUUUUAUCCAGUAGGCCUCUCCUUAUAUUCUUAUUAACGGUUAGAGAUUUUUUUUAUUGUAAUGACUUUUUAGCAAUUGAUUCUGGUCCCUGCCCUUUUUUUACAAGCAUUCCAAUUUAUUUGCAGGCCAGGAGCAGUUGACCUGUUGAUGCACAUUGUAUCCUUCCAUAUACGUUACGUAUUCUCUUAAACAGUCCAUCUUGUGGUUGAAGCUGAAACUCUCCCAGGUGGCGCAGAGGGGAGGGAAGAGUGGACAGCACUCAGCUUCCAGUUGGUGCGUGGGUUGCUGCCCCUUCCCUCUGCUGUGCGCCACGGGGUCAGAUCGGCACCCCCAUGGCACUGUGUGCCGCGGGAAUCACACGGACCCAGAAACCCUGUAUGUCAAGUAUGAUACACCACAGAACUGUGAUGUUUCAUGGUAGUAAGCAAAAUGCUUUUUAAAAUUGUAACCUUAUAACUUUGCACCUUUUAUUGUAAAUUUCAGAAGAGAUUGUUUUUACUGGUAUUGUAUUAUAUACAAAAGUUGCCUUGGCUGUUGCUGGUUUUCUUUUGUUUGCUCUGGACUUGACCAUCCCUGGUUGAGCUCACACUGGUUCAGGGCUGCUAUUCAGCAACUGGAGGCUGAGUUAAAUAAUAAUUUUUUGAAAAAACAAAGACAAUGAGCACGUCUUGAAGCUUGCUGUAUCUUUUAAAAAAGAUAUUAAAAAACAGACUUGUCUCUUCGAAGCAAUGAUUGUGUUGCACAAAUUAAAAAAUGCUGGCUGCUCA